CUUAUCUGCUUUCUUGACCCGCAGAGGAAGCGCAGAGAGAGAGAGAGAGAGAGAGAGAGAAGGAAGCGGAGAGGGACGCCAAUAUGGCUGCUACCAUGAGCAGUGGGGUUGCGUUGCUGGGAAUUACGUCCUCUUCUUCGACCUUCUGCAAACGCCAAGCCUCCUCCUCUCGCCAUUCUGUCCGAAUGUCAGUCUCUCUCGAUGAGAAGAGGAAGACCUUCACCCUCCAAAAGUCCGAGGAGGCUUUCAACGCCGCCAAGGAAUUGAUGCCUGGAGGGGUCAAUUCUCCAGUCCGUGCCUUCAACUCUGUUGGGGGACAGCCAGUUUUUAUCAAAUCUGUUAAGGGAUCUCACAUGUGGGAUAUUGAUGGCAACGAGUACAUCGACUAUGUGGGCUCUUGGGGUCCAGCCAUUAUUGGCCAUGCUGAUGAUAAGGUCCUUGCUGCCCUUGCUGAAACAAUGAAAGAAGGAACCAGCUUUGGUGCUCCUUGUCUACUAGAGAAUGUUCUUGCCGAGAUGGUGAUUGCGGCUGUUCCAAGCAUAGAAAUGGUUCGUUUUGUCAAUUCGGGUACUGAAGCAUGCAUGGGGGUUCUCCGUCUCGCUCGUGCCUUCACUGAUCGCCCGAAGAUUAUUAAAUUUGAAGGUUGUUACCAUGGUCAUGCUGAUCCAUACCUUGUCAAAGCUGGGAGUGGUGUUGCUACUCUAGGGCUCCCUGAUUCUCCGGGGGUUCCGAGAGCGGCUACCAUAGACACCCUAACAGCUGCAUACAACGAUAUCUCAGGUGUGGAGGAACUCUUCAAGGCCCACAAGGGAGAGAUUGCUGGCAUUAUUCUCGAGCCUGUUGUUGGGAACUCAGGCUUUAUUACUCCUAAAUCAGAGUUCCUUGAAUUUCUCCGCAAGAUUACUAAGGAGAACGAUGCCCUCCUCAUCUUUGAUGAGGUCAUGACAGGAUUUCGUCUGGCGUACGGUGGAGCACAGGAAUACUUUGGCAUAACUCCUGAUUUGACAACGCUCGGCAAGAUCAUAGGGGGUGGGCUGCCUGUUGGGGCAUAUGGAGGACGAAGGGACAUCAUGGAGAUGGUUGCACCAGCUGGGCCCAUGUACCAGGCUGGGACCUUAAGUGGGAAUCCGUUGGCAAUGACUGCAGGCUUCCACACUCUACAGCGCUUGAAAGAGCCGAGGAGUUACGAGUAUUUGAAUGAAAUCACGAGGGAACUCAUUCAAGGGAUUCUCGAGGUAGGGAAAAAGGCAGGACAUGCCAUGUGCGGUGGAUACAUCGGAGGGAUGUUCGGGUUUUUCUUUAGGGAGGGGCCUGUUCAUAACUUUGCGGAUGCCAAAAAGAGUGACACGGCGAAAUUUGGCAGGUUCUUCAGAGGGAUGCUGGAGGAGGGUGUUUACCUCGCUCCCUCACAAUUUGAGGCUGGAUUUACGAGUUUGGCUCACACCACAGAUGAUAUCCAGCGGACUGUGGCUGCAGCUGAGAAGGUGUUAAAACGGAUUUAGAUUGAUGUGAAUGGUUGCUCGGUGUUAGUAACUUGCUUCUUUCUUUAUCCCGAUAUGUCAGAAAAUCUUUAAUAUUUAAUCUUAUGGGGGUGGGGGUUACGGAUUUUGUAGAUCAGUGGGGGGAAAUGAGUUAGCAUGGUGUUGUUAAUCUCUGGAGUUGUCUAUGGUGGUGAUUGAGUGUGUGUCUUUGUUUUUGUCAGUUCCACCCAUGGCGACCCGCUACUUACUGAAUCUCUGCUGUUGUCUCUCACCC